UCCUUUAUUUUUGCUGGAAAGUUCAAUAGUCUGUACUUGUGGAUCCAUAGCCAUUAUAGGAACACUGGCACAUAAACACUGACAGUGGAUUUCCAUGGAUUUUAUAUCAAGUUUCGCUCCGAGUUCUUUAAUCAGGUCUGUGUCUUCUGUGGGUUCAGAGAUUAGUCGUCGAGUCAAGACUGCCUCCUCACCACCACAGAGGCCAUUCCGAGUUUGUAACCAUGACCGUACUGUACGCAGAGGAGUUACAGCCGGAUCUCUCAGAGAGCUAAUAGCUAGGGCUAUGGAUGCUCUGUUCUUGUCUGGAGUCAUAUCAUUAGUGCUGGAGGAUGACGGGACACUGCUGGACAGGGAAGACUUUUUUGAAACGCUAGAGGAUGGUUCUGUGAUCAUGGUCUUGGAGAGGGGACAAAAAUGGGUUCCACAGAAGAAUAUAUUGUCGUAUACUUUGCAGCAAGAGAAACCAAGAAACAGCAGGGACAUUGCAAAAGUCACCUUUAAUGUCUACAAGCUCAACCCACGGGACCUGUUUGGAAGUCUGAAUAUAAAGACCACUUUUUAUGGCUUGUACUCUAUGAGCUGUGACUUCCAGUGUCUAGGUCCCAAGAAAGUGCUCAGGGAGUUUUUAAAGUUUUUGUCGGUGACGUUGCAAGGGAUUGGGCGAGUGCUGCUUACGGCUUCUGGAUUUUUGCAACGUCUUUUGGAAGGAUCAGAUCACUGGCAGAAUAACCGAAUCUACAAGUAUGAGGGGUAG